AAUACAGUUCACAAAAGAAAAAUAUUUGGAGCAAGAAGAGGCACAUUGCUUGUGAUAGACAAGUUAAAUCAUACUAAACCUGUUAGGCAAAGAUUGUCCUAUACUGGUCUCAAAGUCAGUGAAGGCUUUGCAUUAUCUGGUAAAUACAGAGGCCCAGCUAGAGCAAGGACAAUGGCAUAUUUUGGGGAGGGCAAAGGCCCGAUCCACGUGGAUAAUGUGAAGUGCACAGGCAAUGAGAGAUCCCUGGCAGACUGCAUCAAGCAGGACAUUGGGAUGCACAACUGCCGUCACAGUGAGGACGCAGGGGUGAUCUGUGACCACCUGAGCAAGAAGGCCUCCGGGAACAGCAAUAAAGAUUCUCUUGCUUCUGUUUGUGGACUGAGGUUACUGCAUCGUCGACAAAAGCGAAUAAUUGGUGGGAAAAAUUCUUUACGGGGAGGCUGGCCAUGGCAGGUUGCACUCCGACUAAAAUCUUCUCAUGGUGAUGGAAGACUCUUAUGUGGUGCUACACUCAUCAGCAGCUGCUGGGUCCUCACUGCUGCACAUUGCUUUAAAAGGUAUGGCAACAACACUCACAACUAUGCUGUGCGAGUUGGAGACUAUCACACGCUGGUACCGGAAGAGUAUGAGGAAGAAAUUGGAGUGCAAGAGAUUGUGAUGCAUAAAGAGUACAGGCCUGACAGCAGUGACUAUGACAUUGCACUGGUGAGGCUGCAGGGGCCGGAGGAACAGUGUGCCAGAUUCAGUACCCAUGUCUUACCUGCUUGUUUGCCACUGAGGAGAGAGAGACCACAGAAAAGUGCACCCAACUGUUACAUCACUGGAUGGGGUGACACAGGAAGGGCUUAUUCAAGAACAUUGCAACAGGCUGCCAUCCCCUUACUUCCCAAGAGGGUAUGUGAAGAGCGUUACAAAAGAAGAUUCACAGGAAGAAUGCUCUGUGCUGGAAACGUCCAGGAACGGAAACGUGUUGAUAGCUGUCAAGGAGACAGUGGUGGACCACUGAUGUGUGAACGGCCAGGGGAAAGCUGGGUUGUGUAUGGUGUGACCUCCUGGGGCUAUGGCUGUGGAGUGAAAGAUUCGCCAGGUGUCUACACAAAAGUAUCAUCUUUUGUACCCUGGAUUAAAAGUGUGACCAAACUAUGA